AUGGCACCAUCUAUUGUGAAAACUAAUAGACCAGUAAAAAUACCAUUAGAUACCCAAUUAUUAGCAGUGUUAUGGAUUAUAGCUACCCCAGAUUGCUUCAGAAGUGUUGCUGCUCGCUUAAAUAUGAACCAUGGUACUCUCCAUAAAAUUUAUAGAAAUAUAGUUAGCGCAAUAACUCAUGAUGCAAAUAAGUACAUUCAGUGGCCUUCAAGUGAAAAGAAAGAUGAGAUUAAAGAUUCGUUUUUGGCAGCCAGCAGUUACCCAGGAAUAGUUGGUGCGAUAGAUGGUUCGUACAUUCAAAUUAAACAACCACGUGGAGAUAAACUUACAGAAGUAGGAAGUAUGCACGAUGCCAGAGUCUUUCGGAGAAGCCCGCUGUCAAGUAGCUUACAGACACUUUUGAGUACAGAUGAACACAUUGUUGGUGAUUCAGCUUAUCCAAUAAGCCCACAAAUGAUGGUCCCAUAUAAAGAUAAUGGAGUAUUGACAUCUAAACAAAAAAGUCAUAACAUUAAGCUAAAAUGGAUUAUAGUUGAUCACAUCUGUGCAAGUUGCGUUUUACACAAUGUGGCUCUGGAAGACGAUUCUGAUGAUGAAUAUAAUAUGGAAGAAGAUGAAAUAAAUGAAGUAUUUGAGGAAAGAGAUACAGAUUUUGAAAGAAUGAAACAAGAAUGA